ACAGCGGACUCGGGGAGAUCGGGGGGUCAGAGCGUCAGACAGGGCUGCUUCUGGUGACCAGAGAGCGAGCGAGCGAGCGUGCGUCAACGAACUAAACCCGAACGAAGCACGAAGCGGCGAACCAACGAACCCACGAGCCCCUCAGUGACAACACGAGUGAGCACGAAGCGAAGGAGGCUGGCUGGUGAAAAGCUCGGACGAGAAGAUUGCAGCGAAUUCGAAUUUGCUGUUGUGGCGAAGCAUUGGGCGCGAGUUGGUUGGUAUAAGCAUUAGUCGUCGUCGUCGUUCUGCGAGCGCUUUUCGCGCUUGAGGUUUGGUGGAUUGGGUGUGGCCGCUCGAGGAUAAUGCUUUGUGCGGCAGCCAGGACAGGAAGGAGUGCAUCCUCUGCGGCCAGGCGGCAGGCUCUGUCGCUCACCGAAGCUGCUGCCGAUAGAAUCCGGAAGCUCUUGCAGUUGAGGCAGAAAGAGUAUUUGAGAUUGGGUGUUAAAGUUCGCGGCUGCAAUGGACUCACGUACACGCUUAAUUAUGCUGAUGACAAAGGCAAGUUCGACGAGAUCGUGGAAGAGAAGGGAGUCAAGGUGUUGAUUGACCCUCGGGCCCUGAUGCACGUUAUCGGAACAAAGAUGGACUAUAUAGAAGAUCGUCUCAAAUCAGAAUUUGUUUUCAUCAACCCUAACUCCAAAGGGCAGUGUGGCUGUGGAGAGUCUUUUACGACAUAGAGACAUUUUUUGGGGUAAUAUGAUGUACUCUGGUGAAAUUCAUUUUUGUAGCCACUUGGCGUCGUCAAGACGAGCUAGUAUGUUUAAUUAUUGGAGAUAAGAUAUAACAUGAGGUCAUAGAGUCUCAUGCAUAUUGUUGAGAUUCUGUUCUCCAGAUGAAAAUUCAACGAGCGAACCGGUAGCCCCGCGCUUAGCAAGUAGGUUUCAGAUUUUACCAUGGGCUUUACAAGGUCAAAGACUGAAUACCAGUUUGUACAUUUUUGGCAGAGUUCUGAAGGUAGGUCUGCACCCGGUUUAUUCUUCUGCAUUGUCCUGUAUAGUAGUCAUCGGAAUAAAUUGUACCAGUGAGUCACAAGUGCUCACUCACGUUCAAACAUUAUCUGGAAGCCAAGCAAUAAGACAAAGAGGGUCGAGCGUUUUGAAAGAGGCUAUCUGAUCGCUCGUUCGAUCAACUUUUUCGAUACAAGAGUGGUGGCUAUGGUUGAUGAGUUCGUAAUGUUUACAAUAUGGAGCAAACUUGGCCUUGGAGUUCUUGCCUGAUUUUUCUGUUUCAACUGAGGCGGCAUGUUCCAGUGUGUCAUCCCUAUUAUCUUCUGGUUGGUUUUUUGUGGAGUACGAACGAAAAAAAUCACAUCGAAUCGAUGUUUGCAUGUCUACUUAGUUGUCAUCUGUGUUGCAAGGAGAAU